AGAUGGAGCCGACUCCCGACCUGGGCCUUGGGGACUCGUCCCUGCACCGCUACCUGGACGGAGAAUUCUGGAGCUUCAAGAACGAGCUGCGCAGAGCCCUGGGGAGCUCUUCUCUCUUCCAGCCCAGGUAUGAUUUAAGUUUGGAUGAAAUGAGAACUUUGACAAAUCAGCGAGUGAAGUUUGUCCUGAGUCUCCCUCUGGUAAAGCAUGUACUCCAGGAGCAGGAAGAAAAAAGGAAGAACUUCGUCAGCCGAAGCCUUGCCCUGGGAGAAGUGCUCUGCAUGGUGGAUGUGGCCACGUGUGUGAAGUGUGGAAUCAUUUACUUGUUAUUUGGCGGUGCCAUCAACAAUCUUGGAAGUCCUGAACAUGUUACCAAGUGGUUUCAGCAACUCAAGGAGCAGAGGUAUACUGGGAUGUUCGCAAUGACAGAGAAGGGCCACGGGAGCAACGUGAGAGGGAUCCAGACCGAGGCCACCUUUGACCUUGACAAGCAGGAGUUCGUGAUUGACACACCACGUGAAGACGCCCAGAAGAUGUACAUUGGCAACGCCAUGUAUGGGAACUAUGCUGCCGUCUUUGCCCAACUCAUCAUUGAGGGACGGUCUCAAGGGCCCCACUGUUUCAUCGUUCCUAUCAGGGAUGAAAAUGGAAACUUGUAUCCAGGAGUGACAGCCAUUGAUAUGAUGCAUAAAGAAGGAAUGAAUGGUGUGGAUAACGGAAUUUUGAUAUUUGACAAGGUUCGGAUCCCAAGAGAGAACCUGCUGGAUAAGUUUGGUUCUGUGGCCCCCGACGGACAGUACCAUUCACCCAUUCAAAGCAAGAGUGCAAGAUUCAACGCAAUGCUGGCAACGCUGACCCCUUCAAGAUUAGCAGUGGCGUUCAAAGCCAUGGGCAGCAUGAAGCUUGGACUGACGAUAGCCAUCCACUAUAGCCACAGCCGAAGGCAGUUUGGGCCCAAGGGCAAGGAGGAGGUGAAGAUCAUCGAGCACCAGAUGCAGACACUCAGGCUGAUGUCUCACCUGGCCACUGCGCUGGCCCUGACCUUCACCAGCAGGCAUGCGGCCUUUGUCCUGGAUGAAGACAUCUUCCAGGGGAGGGAGCUCAUCAACAGGCGCUCACUACAGGCCCUAAUGGCUGGCCUGAAAGCCUACAGCACCUGGGAGACUAUCAGCUGCCUCCAGGACUGUCGCGAAUGCACCGGAGGCAUGGGUUACAUGAUGGAAAACCGGAUCUCAGGCCUGAAAUGUGACACCGACGUGUUUGUGACCUUUGAAGGUGACAACGUAGUAAUGCUUCAGGUUGUGGCCCGGGAACUGCUGGCCCAGAACACCAAGCAGCAUAAGAAGAACCCAGUCUUGGGGCUGAUCCAGAACUGGACUGCAACUGCUGGUGACAAGCUGAGAACCAGUUUCCUGGCAUUUAACACUGACACAGUGGGCCAUCUUGCCUUUUUGCUGAAAGCAUUGAAUUUUCGAGAAAGGGUUCUUCAGCGGAGUUUGGUGUCCAGAAUUUACAAUAAGGUGGUAACCAAGCAGGAGGAGUUCUUCAGCGCCUGGAACUCCUGUAUGCACCAUGUCACCUCACUGUCCCUGGCACACAUUCACAGAGUUGCACUAGAGCAGUUCUCGCUGGCAGUGAGGCGCUGUCCCGACAAGGAGGACCAGGCUUUGCUAAUGAAGUUCUGUCUGCUGUAUGGAACGAAGCUGGUGUUCCAGGAGCGGGGCUGGUACUUAGAACACAAGUACCUGACUCCCACAGCCAGCAUGCGGAUCAGGGCUCAGUUGCUGGAUUUGUGCGAGUCCGUGAGGGAUGACGCCCUGAAGGUGACCUCUGCUUUCAACAUUCCACACACCAUCCUCCAUGCACCAAUCGCAGGAGUCCCCAACCCCCGGGCUGCCUGGGCCUUCUACCCGGCGCCUAUGCCAACGCCGGUGCGGGAAGGAGCGCGCUCCCAGCUGUCCAAGCUGUGAGCCAGGCUUUUGCCGGCGAGUUGAGAAAUGUAGUGGCCGGUCCGCAGCUUGCCAUGGAGUUCUCUUCAAAUAGCUCUCAGAGCUGGAGCAGGGGCAAAAGUGGCAGGUGCAGGACCGCCACCCUUGGGGUUUGGGUCACGCAGAGGAGGAGGUCUGGCUAAGGCUGGCAAGGUUCAGGAUAGGUUGUCGGAGACAAGGAGACUAGGCAGAUGCCCGGAGAGUACUGUAAUUUAUCCCAGUCUGGUAACCUCUCCUGGCCCUUGCCUUGACCUCUUCCAGCUGCGGCACUAGAUCCCCAAUCAGGUGGUCUUGCCCAGAGCCUGGUGCCACCAAAGAUCUCUGCUGUCAUCGGUGACUCAGAUUCCCAGUGACUUCGAAAAAUUCUGAUGCUGGGUGAAAAAAAAAAAAUCAAAACAUUAAAAUCAAACACCCUCAGGCAAAAGGGUGGGAGGAAAGCUCCACCCACUCCAAGCGCGGGCAAAAGUUCAGCAAGGGAUGAUUAGUGAACAGACUUGCUCCAGCUCUGCUAGAAAACCGGCUGGCGAGAGAGCGGAGCAUGACCCUGGAGUCGAGCUGGUCCCACCAGGUAGGCGAUCUCCCGACCGCAGGGCGCACCGCGCUAAUCUGUAAUCCGCCCUUAAAAAAAAAAAAAAAGAGCGUAGAUGCAAAGUUUAAUAAAUUAAGCGAUAGAAAAGUGCUCCCGCGGCUUGGAUGGGUAGGGGAGGUGGGCCUGGGGGAAUAACUGCAAUAAACUGGUUUUGGAAUUUGGAGAGACUACACAGGCGGAAAUGAAUUUCUCAUUUAUGUCCUGACUUUGGUGUUGCCCAGUUUCAUUCUCAAAUCUAGCCAUCGCCUUGCUUUCCUCUCUCCACACGCGGUUGCCAGCCUCAGAAAGGCACGGGGGACCCACUGGCCUUUCCACGCUGUUCUUCUCUGCUGUCAGAUUGAUCCCAGGAGUUCUCCUGACGCUGCGGGAGAAGGCUGCAAGGGCCCAGGGGCCCGUGGCCGGCACCUGCCGUGAGGCACUUGGUGGAAGCUCCCUAAACUGCCUUGAUCGCUGGUGAUGCAAGAGCCUCCGCUUCCAGGCCGGCUUCCUAAUUAAGCCCUAAAUAAGAGCACCAUAGCCCAGCCCUUUGCUUUCCCCAGGGCCUGAAUGUUUUCUUUUAGCGUGCCCGGAGUUGCAAAAUCGGAAGACUCCGGGCAGCCCGCUCCUACAAAGAAACAGUGGCGAUAAGAUUUUUUUUUUCUUGUGUAGUUCUUUUCUAGUCGGGUUCUGAGGUUCCUGGCUCCCGGCUGAGAGCGCGGAGCAGGCAGACUUGGUAUUGGCUGGGGGCUCUCGGAGCAGCAGCAGACCGGGUUGCAUGGGUGGGAUGCGGAGUGGCCAAGGCACAGUACGAGCUCUCAGCGUUGGUCAGGAUAGACCUGCAUCUGCCGCCUACUUGGCGGCAUCCACACCAAUGCCCUGUGCGCUCUUGUAGCGAACACUCCUCACCCACAGAAGUGGCACGGCUUUGCCACGAGCCCCCCAGCUCCUCUGAGAACCAGUGGCUUCUUUGAUCUCCCUCAGGAUUCAUCUGAGAACCAAGACGCUAGGGCUGUGCUGUGUCACGCUGACGUUAGAACCACUUAUAAACACCGAGAUGGUCCGACAUUGGGACGAGUCACUUGUUCAUGAAAGAGUCACUUCCUUCUCUCUGCCAGCCUGGAUGCGGGCUGGGUAGCCCUAAAAUCGAGUUUCCUUAAUCUUCACACGUAGGAUACCGGAUGCUCCAUUUCCAGACCAACUUCACCCGGCCGCCGCGGUGAGAGAGAGAAGGGGUGGGGUGUGUUGCACCAUUGACUUCGAGAC